AUGACGGAAAUGGAAAGGAAAGUAGCGAUCAUCGUCGGCUAUCAGCUGCGAUUGCUUCUGCUAGCGGUGACUUUCGCCACUGCAAUCCAAAUCGAUAAUCGGCUCGUACAGCCACAGCAUGAUUGUUUCGAGCGGAUAGCGCUCGGUGCGAUGCUGCCGUUCGAGAAAACGUUCCGGAACUCGGACACCAACUCGCUGAAGAUCUGCGAAACGCUCUGCCUCAACGACAAGGAAUGCCAAACGUUUGCCUUUGGAAUUUCCGGUCGAGGCAAUGGUACGUGCCAGCUGUCGGCGAACACAAUUGACGCAACUAAAUCGCGCCCGGUCGGAACCAUCUUCGAUCCGGACUUUGAUCUGUACGCACGCAAAUACAACUGUUUUUUAGAUGGGCCCACAAACCCACCACCCAAACCGGGAGGCCUGGGUAGCUUCCCCUCUGGUGAACUACAACCAGGUGGAGGUCCACAACGACAACCACCUCCACAACCACUACCAUCCGCUCCACAACCACCCAGUGGCGGUGCUUUUCCUCCUCCGAGCAUAAUUGAUCGCCCCGGUCCACCAAUUUUUGGACCUCCUGUAUCAUCUGCGGGUAUCGAGGCACCAACCACCGCAAAUGGGGGAUUCGUGGACACGUCAAGACCAACCAGCGAAUACGGUACUACAGCCCCAGGAACGACUUAUGGUCAAACUAACGGUGAAACACUGCCGGAAACGACGGCUCCAGCCGAAGAGUUCUAUAGUACGAAGGAUCACUCCAAUCCGACCGGUGGCAGUCCAUACAUUCCGACAAGUACAGCCGCUGGACCACAGUAUAAUCUAGCCACGGGCGAACGAUUGCCUCCGACUCAAACCGGUGCAACGAUGCCCGAUCGCGAAGCACCCACAAAAUACCCACCCGACUAUCGGCCCACGUACGGUGGUACUGGUCCCGCGAAACCUGGCAACUAUCCGUACCAGUUUCCAAUGUUGUACGAAACGCACUAUCCCUUGCCGAACGAUAAGAAUGGAUUUCCGGAGAUUUACGCACAAAAUGUACCGACACUGGAUAACAAUUACCUAAGGCCCGAGUACGGUGGCACAAGCUUUAGUAGACCGUCUACAUCUUCUGGAAGCACACUAUCAGCAGGACCUGCCGGGUCAGGAUAUGGAGGUAUUCAACGGCCUAGCUCGAAUGGUGGCAGCAGUUAUAAUGGUGGUUCCAACAAUCCGGGACCUCAACGUCCAAGUGGUUACGGUGGCGAUAGUAACCCACAACAUCGACCUUCAUCACCAGGAUCAAGCGGUUAUGGUGGACAACCUGUACGUCCAUCCGCACAAGGACCUAGUACCGGUCCCUCUGGAUAUGGGAUCGUUCGACCAGCGCCUGCUCCACCAAUCCAGUCGGGACCUUCGAACGGAGCAGGAUACAACGUGCACGAAGAUAAACUCGAUCUACACCCACCGACCAUCACCAAACGCCCUUGCUAUCGCCGUGUGCUGGCUGGAAAGCGUGUCGCUCCACACUGGGUAAGAAGAACACUCAUCUGCGAACGUGUGGAGGACUGUCAGCGAGAAUGUGGCGAUGAGAGGCGUUUCUCAUGCGAAGGAUUCAACUAUCGAUUGGAUCCUACCGGGCGUGGACAGGGUGAUUGUGAGCUGAUCGAUCAGCCGCUGUCUCAGAUCGAUCUGUACUCCAGCCCACAUCAGCGAGAUUCAAACUUAAUCCGUGAUCCAGACUAUGAUUAUUAUGAGCGCGAUCGCAGCGCAACUGCGAACUGUCGGCCAAGUUGUAAGGACUGCAUAGCCAAACCCUUCCGACCAGCGUUGGAAUUUGUGCGACCGACCACGUACCGUCCACAUCAUCCAGAGAGCUAUAAGCCAUAUCCUUCGGAGCAACAUCCUUACGAAGAGGAUCACCGUUACAAACCGGUCAUCACGGCCAUCGAUAAGUACCGACCACCGAUGUACUCCAACCGACCAGAAUUCGAACGCUACAGUCCCUCUUCGAGCUAUUAUCCUCCACCACCGCCACCAGUACCGUUGGAUUCGUAUCGUCCUGCGCUAUCUUACAAACCACAGUAUGGUAGCGAGAUCGAUCGUUACGGCACGCUAGAUCAUAGCUUCUUCAAGCCGUAUGAAACCCGUCCUGAAUAUCCGAGACCACUCCACCACGAAGAUAUCCGGCCAGCUCAUCGUCCACGACAUCCAUACGAGGAUCGAGAUCCACCGCCGGCGCCUCCAGCUCCACCAGCUUCGCACGUUUCCACGGUCCAACAGUACGGUAGCAAACCAAACACCUUCAUACCGUACCUGAUCGGGCAAAACAUUCAUAAGAAUGGUGGCAUUUACGGUGGCUCGUACGGACCUUCGUUCAACGUCGAUUCGUACAAAUCGAUUUCGGACUAUUGGGGCCUACGGAACGAGAUCAAACGUUACGACAGUCCUUCGUUUAACUACUUUGAGCUGCGAAACGAUCAUCACUUUGAUGAUAACAAUGUUUGGAGUUACGGUGGCAGUAAGUACGGUUAUGAGGAGGACCACCAUGUACAUCCGUACGUGGAACAUCGGCCCGGUUUCGGUCAGCAGUGGAUCCGGCGACCGAGCCACGAAGAGUGCUCUGUUAAAUCGAGCGAAGGUUUCCGUCUGCACAAAGGCGUGGUGAAGUACGCACUGAACACACCGACGGUGAUCGAGUGCGAACGAAUGUGCUACUCGGAGACACGGUUCCGGUGUCACACAUUCAGCUACCGCUACUCGGCUGUAUCCCGCGAGAACUGUCUGCUCUGUGACCGGCCGUUCAAUUUGCUGGACUUUUACGCCGAUCUGGAACCGGACCGUGAUUACGACAUCUACUCGAUGAGCGAUGAUGCCAAGACCUGCCAUCCGGAGCUCAACCAUCCCAGGAGAGACUAUAACGCGCAGUGCUUCAUACGUGUGAUUGAUUCGGCACGAUUCUUCAAAUCGAUCGUACGCGACUCACUCACCGUUCGAUCCAUCGGCGAGUGCGAGCUGGAGUGUAUUAAGGCGUCCAAGUUCACCUGCCGUGCGUUUACGUACAGCUUUGGACCGAACGCGAUCAAUGCGGUGAUCGACAACUGUCAGCUUUCGGAUUGGCCCGUGCGCGACAUGGACAAGGAUCGGCAUCUGGUGCCGGAUGAAAGCUUCGAUGUGUUUGAACGCGCCAGCUAUGGGCAGGGUUGUGAGAUACAGCCCAUCAUCGACGAUAAGCACAAUAAGAAGUUCUGCUAUCUGGGCUAUGGAUCACCGGCAAAGCUACUUUCCUCAGCGAUCAAGAAGGUUACCUCGGUGAACACGGAGCUGGAUUGCAAAAAUGAGUGCGUACGCUUGCGCGAGGCUACCCAUUUCAAGUGUCUUUCAUUUAGUUUCAGCUCGCAAGCGUCAACAUACAAUUGUGAGAUGUCGGAUCUGGACCAGAGCGAACUGAAGCUGGGCGUGCACUAUGCGCACACGAACGAUCGCGACUUUUGGUUGUUCGCCUGGAACCCGUUCGACUAUACGUGCCGCGAUAAGAUUACGACCAUUAGCGGUGGUACCCGAAUGAAUCAUGAUCGCCGAAUUGACGUCCUUCGUGAACCGGGUGAUGGAAGUUGGCGUCAGUAUACCGUCUCGGGAAAACCCUGCCGCUACGGUACCAAAUGCGAGCGAAACAAGAUCACAGGAUUUUACUCCUGCGAGAUAGAGGGUGGUGAGAUUGGUUCAUGGGAUUAUUGCUGUAAGGCCGAACACCCUUGCGGCUACUCGCGAGGGUUCGACUAUCCAUGGUGCUUCGUGGGUGAUGCCCCAGAUCAGUGGCGCAAGUGCAGCGAUAAGUACUUCCCCAAGAAACAGCACGAUUCGGGUUAUCAAAACAAGAAUAAAAAGGGUGAAAUCUAUCAGCCACCACCGAAGCCGGGAGGAUUGAGACAUUUGGACGGUGUAACCGCACCGGCCGAACUGUGGCCCGUCACCUACCUGUACGAGAAGGGUCCGCCGAACGCGACCGAGAUCAGCAACAAUGUGAUCGACUGCAAGAAGGACAAGUGUUAA